AUGCCCUACAUAAACACAAUUCAUCCCCAAGUUAGGGACGUUGCUGCCUACUCGUCCCUCGGCUGCGCUGUGACCCCUGAAGAUCUCUCUCGUUUCUGGAAGAAGAAUCUCCCUGGAGGAUACGCGCACGACUCUAAAUGGAUUGCGACUGUAGGAUCUCCUGGUAAAUAUCGACCCGUCUACUUCAAUAUCAUUGGCAGCCAUGGGCGUGGUAUCCCGGUGUCGGAAUUACUCUCUCGCGGCUACUACGGAAUGUCUGCCUCUAUGGAUGGCGCGUACGAUAAGGUUCUUGCACACACUGGCCUCCAGAGAAUCACCUUCCGGCUUGUUUGGCCUGGUUAUGAGAACGUUAACUGGACGAGAUCAAUCCAAAUUUAUAACGAAAACGGCCCUAUUACACGCGCUGGACUGGCUGUUGAGAUUGCGAAGAUUAUAUCUUGCUUUGUGAUGAACUCAGCCUAUGAACCGUGCGCCAAUCAGGACUGGCAGCUUCACCCGGCGAAGAUUACUAUUAAACGCGUCGUGCUGGUCGCCCUCCAUCAUAUCUCCGAAGGCUCCUGGCAAGCCGAAGUUCUCGUGGACGUCUGA